AUGGUUUCGCCAUCUCGCUCGCCGAUGUACUCUCGUGCUCGAUCUCGCACACGUUCGCCUACCCCUCGCUCCGCCGGUUCGCGCUCGCCUGUUCGCCGAGGUCGUUAUCGUGAUUCCCGCUCCCCCUCGCGAUCUCCGAGCCCGCGCGGCAACGGUCAUGGUCGGGGCUGGGACAGCCGGGAUCGCAGCCGAUCGCCCCCGCAAGGAGGCACAAAGAUUGUCGUCGAACGACUUACCAAGAAUGUCAACGAGGAGCAUAUCCGCGAGAUCUUUGGCCACUUUGGGCCCAUCGUCGACCUCGAUCUGCCCAUGAAUCGCGCAUUUGGCACAAACCGUGGUACCGCCUACAUUCUGUACGAGAACAGAACCGAUGCCGAGAUCGCCCUGGCCAACAUGCAUGAGAGCCAGGUUGAUGGAGCGAUCAUCAACGUCUCCAUCGUGCUGCCUCGACGGCUCAUGUCCCCCGACCCACCCCUCGCCCGCCGUGGUCUCUUUGACCCCGACCGUCGUGCCUCGCACAACACUGGCUCGGGAAGCUAUCACGACGUUGGUCGUGGCCCCCGCGCCAACCUCUACCGGCCCUCGUCCCGCUCUCGAUCUCCCUCUUGGGCGCCCCGAGAUGGCGGUCGUUAUCGCAGCCGCUCCUUCGACGGAUACCGUUCUCGAUCGCGAUCAAAGUCCCCUCGCCGGGAUGACGGCCGUUACAACGGCGAACCCCGUCGGCGAAGCCUCAGUCGUCGCAGCCUUAGCCGCGAGCGCUCCCUCAGCCCGCGACGUAACAACUAUCAUUGA